AUGUCAGAAUCACCAAUUAAACACGGUUUUAAUCCUGGUGAUACUGCUCCAAAUUUUAGUCUAUGGAAUACCGAAGAAAAAAAAAUUGAAUUAGAUAUAUUAACAAAAAACUUUCCUUGUGUUGUUCUUGUAUUUUUUCCAUUUGCAUUCAAAAAUACACCACCAAAAAUUCUCAGAUCAAUACGUGAUAAUCAUGAACAAUUAGAAAAAUUUCAUACAAAGAUUGUAGGCAUUUCAGUUGAUACUUUGUGGGCAUUGAGAAAAUAUCGUGAAGAGGAAAAAAUUCCGUUUGAACUAUUAUCAGAUUUUAAUAAAAAUGUAAUACAAUUAUAUGAUGUUAGUAUUGAUAUGUAUUCAUUGUUCGGUAUGAAAGGCGUUUCAUAUGAUGCCCUGUUUAUUAUUGGUUCGGGUAAUAAAAGAAUUAUUGAAUAUCGAAAAGUGAUACAGAGUGCAGCAGAUAAAUUUGAUUUUGAAAAAGUUCGAUUAAUGUGUAAACGGUUUGCUAUAGAAGCUGGAGUACAUAUUCAACUGCCAUUAGAAGCAAAAGCCUCACCAUUUCCAUCACCAAUACUUAAUAUUGAUGGUGAUGUUUGGAAAUCUGACACGCCACUAGAAAGACCAAUUAGUAAUCAGAAAAGAAAAGCAAAAGUUGAAAAGAAAAAGUGA